AGUGGCAGUAACGUGUAGAGCUGCAUUACAUUCAAAACAGGGAAUCUAAAAUUUCAAAAAAGCACGUGCUAUUUUCCCCACUGCGCUUGUGCAACGUGCAUUUGUUUACAUCCAGCCGACCAAUCAGAGCGUUUGUUGUUGUUUAUCCGGCCAGCUGAUUUUGACGGACCGUGCAGCUUUGUCGGUAUUGAUUUUUCAAAUUUCAUCGAUUCACUCGACGAAGCUGGAAAAGUGUGAAAAUACUCGCAGGACUUCGCAACGGCGGAAUUUUUCGUCCGUGGAAAAUUUGAGAAAAGUGAUGAUUUUUUGAAGUUUUCCUUACCGAAUGGUUGCCCAGUGUGUUCGUCAUGAUGGAACUACUAGACGCUGGUAGAUAUAGUGAGAGUUUUCAUGAGAUUUUCGUUAGAAAUCUCGCAAACAGGUAUUUUCCUCAAUGGAGGACUGGAAUCCUUUGUACAAAUAAUCCUAUCCUUAAAUUUCAUAACUAACCCCUCAUCUGCGACACAACACAUAUUUCAUUUGUUUAAAUAUGCUUCAGGAAAUGUAAGGAUGAUAAAAUUAAGCGAAGGCGAAUCGUUAUCAUCGUGGAUCGAGGUCGCUCCCAACGCGUCCAAAUUCGCCAUCUACAAUGCGAUCCGGUCGAUUGUGCUGGAGGCUGAAACCAAGAACGCCAGAUUGAAUCUGCCGGGAGGAACCGCGGGCAAGCUGGUCAAAUCAUUCUGCUAUCAUCAGAACUCCGGUAAUGAUAACGAACAAAAUUGCCUGUCGUGCAAGGAAAAAGUUAAGGAUGGCGGAUCGUUCAAAGAUACGGAUGUUCCCGAGUUUGAUUUCGAGGAUAACUUCGAACCAGAAGAGUUACAGACUUUUAACGUCCCUAAGAUCGUUGGAGCUGGUUUGGAAAGUUUAUUUGAAAUCAUAUCGGAAACUAGAACGGAACAUCCUAGAAUUUGCACCAAGGCAUUGAAGUCUCUCUAUGAUAUUAUUCAAGGUCAAGAUCCCGAAAGUUUCCGCAAUGAACCGGACAAACUGUUCAACUCACUGUACGAUAUUCUGCUCGAGCUCGCCACCAUGCACAGCCAAUCACCUGCCAACGCUAGCCUUCACCAGAAAGAUGCCAACUGGUCUUCCAUCAGUUGCUCAACCCUGCUGGCACUCUGCAUCGCCAAAGGGGACACCGGCAAGCUACUGAAAGCCAUCACCUCCAUUCUGAUGUCACCGAAAAUACUCUCCGGCCAGUUGAUCCAGCUGCCGCAAAGUAUCAUCAAACUGCAACGUAGCGUUCACUCGGUUGCACUGGGCAAGCUGAACAUUCCGGAUUACUACGCUUACGGAGUGUCGCAAAAUAGUUUAAUCGAUUACUUUACCAUUAAGGACUACAUGUUUGUCGAAAAAGUAUUCAACCCGAACUGCAUUGCUUCGGAUGGGCGAUACAUUUACAUCUUGAUCGCGCGGUCACUGGUGAAGAUUGGGUCCGGUUUCAACGGAACGGUGCCCGGAUUCAUCUACGGCAUCGCCAAAGAUUUCGGCAAAGAUCGGAACGAGUGGAUAGGAUUUUGUAAUAACAAAUUAUUCUACAAGAAAUUAACAAAACGGAACAUGGAUAACCUUCUAAUAGUCGACACUGAAACUCUUCAAAUCACCGGUUCGGUGCAAACGCAGGCAUCCGUGUCGAUGAAGGAUGGCAACAAUUGUUUGCUGUUCACCGAUGGCGAGUCGAUUUGUUGCAUUUGUUCGUCUUCUGGAAGUGACAACCUGUUGGUUAAACAACUGUACUCGAAAAAUUCCUUCGCUUUCGAUCUCAGUCUAAAACUGGCGAAGAACGGUUUCCACACCUUGGGUUACUCCAUCAUCGAGGAGGAAAUAUUGAGCGAAAAUCAACUGAAGAAAAUACAAACUUCGAGCAACAGUUUCGUCCCUGCCCUGCCCACCGACGUCCACCUCAAUGGGAUCUCGUGCGGCAAGGAGUUCGGUCUGGUGUUGGGAAGCAACGGGAAAGUUUACUACUACGGCAAGGGAGCCAGCCUCGGUUUGAAGGCGGUCGGGAAGAACCCUAGCUUGAAGCCGAUCGAGAUUGUUAUCUCGAAAACGACCAAUUUCACCCAGGUUGCGGUUGGGCACGAUGGGAUCCACGCCUUGCUGUUGAAUGAAGAUGGCUCGGUAUACUUUGCAGAUUCUAAUUGCGUAGGCACUGCCCGCAGAGGAGAAGAUGGCGAACAAUCGAAAAAUCGCCGUCAGCUGAAAGCCGUUAAACCAAAGAAGGUCAGCAAAAUCGAUGGGUAUUUCGUUACGCACGUUUCCUGCAACAAUGGAACAUCGGCUUUCGUGACUAAGGAUGGCAAGCUGAUCAUGUUCGGCAAGGAUACAAAUUACUGUGAUUCAGCGGGCAUCGUUACUGGACUCAGCGAGGUGUCCAUCGUGAAAGUUGGACUGGGAAAAGCACAUUGCGUUGCGUUGGACGCUAAAGGUCAGCUGUACACUUUUGGCCUCAACAACAAGGGCCAAUGUGGAAGGAAGUUCACCAAAGAUCGAAGCGAUGAUACUUUCGAUCCAAAGCCAAAGCUUCCAACAUUCAAACCGAUGUGCCCCAUUGAUGAACAUACCAUCGUUGACGGAAAAUGCAGGAUUUGCAACGUUUGUCGGGAAUGUACCGGUUACAACACUGCCUGUGUUUCGACCAAGAAAACCUUCGUCAACGAGCGAGUUCCAGGAACAGCUUGUGCAUGUGGCCAUGGAAGCGCUGGAUGCUCUAAAUGUGGCAGUUGCAGUACAUGUGUGGCAUCUCAAGAAAGUGGAUCUCUGCCUUUUGUAUUAUCCGCAGAAAACAAUGCUGAAGUUCAGUCCAACGCGGAAAAGGUAAAGGAAAUUCUCCAGCGAAGGUACGAGAACCUUCGGCAUGGCGAAGAAGGAAACCAAUUCUCCGACGCAGAUACGCCUCGUGUGAUUCCUGUUCCGCCACAAAGAGUCGAACUGGCUACGAAGAGCCCAAUCGUUCAAAUCAGUUGUGGCCUUCAUCACACGGUAGUGCUGACGCUGUCCGGGGAAGUGUUCACUUUCGGUAGUAAUCAAUAUGGACAGCUGGGAACCGGUGAUUUGCAGCCGAUUUCCGGUGCCCACUUGGUUAAAAUACCGCACAUGGUGAGUCAGGUGGCAGCCGGUAGCAAUCAUACGGUUAUCCUCACGACAAAAGGAAUCGUGUACACGUUUGGAAAUUAUCAGAAGGGACAGCUUGGCAGAUUGCCGGGUGAAACCAAUUUGGGCGGUGGAGUGGACUUGUUCGGUGGAUCCAAUAGCAAUUCGUCGGGUAGAGCUGACCAGGCGGGUGAGAGGCCAUCAGUAGCUGAUAUUCUACUCCAGAGGCAGAAAUUUCUGUGGAACUGUUCACCCGGAGCUGUUACGGGUAUUGGACCAUCAACGGGUAAGAAAGCAUCCUGGAUUGGUGCAAGCGGUGAUCAGACUUUUAUCAAGAUUGACGAAUCUCUUGUAAAUGCUGCAAUGCUAUCCAAAUUCAGUGUUGUAGCCGAUAAAAAUACUAUUCUGUUGAUUCCGAACAACCAGUAUCUGCUGAACUCCAUUGCCAUCAAUCGACGUAAUGGCAAUUGUAAAGCUCACAACGUCAAUCAGUUUGACUUCAGAGUUCUGCUGGAUAAAAUAGAUGAGAAGGAAAAUUUUGCCGGAGGAAGAAAGAAAGCAAAGCAGCAGCAUCAGCAUCAGCCGCAGCAGCCUUACCACAACGUAGAAGCUAUUCACGAGAACCAAGAGCUGGUUUUACCAGAUUCAGAUCUAUGCUUUGAUGCGAAGUAUGGCAUGGAUGCCAACAAACAGCCGAACGUUAGCCUCGCCUUUGCAAUGGAUCCUUGCUUCGGCAUUCUAUGGGGCUUCGAUAGUGUUUCAAAAACUAUGAUGUUCUUCAACGUGAUUGCUUCGGAAAUAUCACCAAGCUUCGAGAAUUCCAAGGACUUGAUUGCGAUCUUAACGCCGGAAAUCGCCCUUCCCACACAACCGGAUCAAGAAGUAACUCGUUACCAAGCUUCGCUCAACAUUCUAGCUACGCUUGACAUUCUAACAACCAAUCAGAAAAUUCUUAAAAAAUGUUUCGUACCCUCGGAGAUUGGACUCAAACUGAGCGUAGAUGGUAAAGAGAACUGCGACUACAACACAGUUAGUCGGUUCGAAAACUUUGGAGGCGGAUGGGGUUAUUCCAGCUACAGUGUCGAAGCAAUUCGGUUCAUGUGCGAUACGGAUGUCAUCAUAGCCGGUUUUGGUAUGUACGGUGGACGUGGAGAAUACACAUGUAAGCUAAAAUUGUUCGAUCAAGGGUACGACAGUGGGCCCCAUGAAAAGGAUGGCGUGCUGAUUUCGGAAGUGGAAGAAGUUCCUUUCGAGUGCCCUUCGAAAUGUAAAUUCAACAUUACGCUGCCCAGUCCGGUUACGAUCAGCGCUAAGCGAUGGUAUUUGGUGUUGGCUAAAAUUGCCGGUCCCUCGUCCGAUUGUGGUUCAUCCGGGCAAUCUAGUGUAACCACGUCGGACAACGUGGUGUUUCACUUUAAAACGUCCAAGAAAGCCAACAAUGGAACCAAUGUUAAUUCAGGGCAGAUUCCGUCCAUCCUGUAUCGAACCGUAUCUCAGAGCAGUAAAGCCGUUUUCCCAACCGUUACCGUUGAUCCCGUUUGCAAGUUGUCUAAGGUGUUUGCCAAUACGCUGACAAAGGAUUGCUUUGAAAGUUUGGUGAUGUUGUUGAAUUGGUCCUGGAGCUCCUUCAAAGUGUCCACCACGGAUCUACUGGAAACGCGAAAAACUAAUCAAAACGUCAUUUCACUAAAUCGACUGGUAUACAUCUGUAAAGCCAGUUUGCGACUUCUUCGAAAAUACAUCAAUGAGAUUUAUCCGUACAAGGGGUUCAACAAUGGCGAAAAAACUCCUACAAAGACUAAGACGGUGACUAGCAGACCCGAUUCCAAACUAGAGAAAUCACCCAAGAACAAGGUAUACGAAGGGAAUGCGUUGCUGUCGUCAGUUGAUAGCAAAUCAGAUCUUCUCAAAGUCAACGAUAUAAAUAUCAUGGAAAUCAAUACUCCUAUGUCGAAUAAGAAAAUAGCCUCAGAAAGCAUUCAGCUAGCCGAGUGCAUCGGAGACGUAAGAGCUUUGUUAACGCAGAUUCUAUGCGACGAACUUCCGUACCAGUCCGGCAAUGAUAUCUGCUCUAUGAUCCUGGAUGUCUUAGAUGAAUGCCAUACAACGUUUGUGAGCUGUUUCAAUGCCUUCUAUCCUACAUCUUUCCUCAAGUGGAACUGCAUCUGCAAUCUGCUAGCCCAAAUCGAUAAAGGUGUACUACAUUCGCGCCUCCUAAGUGGUGUAUUGGCUGGGCUGUGUGAUCCAAACAUCAAUCUGCGGUCAACCUUCUCGGUACUGUCUCCGAACGUCGAGUACAAAUCUCUAAUAAGCCCCAGCGACAACCUAGGAUUCCCCAUGUUAGUCAGCUCCGAGAACUACCAGUAUCCCAUCCUCGUGGAGCAGAUGCUGUAUCGAACGCAGAAGGAGAAAACCAUAUCCGGCAAUUCGUGGACGUUCAAGGAGGUGCUAAGUCGCUUGCUCGACAUCAUUUCCAAACCGAUACGCCUGAAGAUUGAAAACAUCUACAACAAUCAGGGCGCCGAUAUCUACAACGGAGAUGGCAUGAAACGGCGUUUGAACAACAACCUCAUCACAAACUCCUGUCGACUGUUGUCCAAGGUGUUGGCCGAAAUCAUCUAUCAGAACUGCACGAUUGAUACCGAAACGGCGAUCGUCCCAUCGAACGUGUUGCAUUCCAGUGGAAAUCGCUUUGCCAAGGUAGACGUGAGCAAAACAUGGAACACCGGAAACUUUGGACCAGAUGCGAUCGCUUUUACAGUCGAUCGGCCAGGAAUUUCAGUUGCCGGAGCAUGUGUUUAUUCCGGAUCCGGAAGCUACGAAUACCAGCUGGAGUUGCUGUAUGAUAGCAUGGAGUCGAAAAGCCAACUUCAGCACAAGUGGGAAGUAAUCGAGUCCGUCGUUGGAGCAUACGAGCAGAGCAUGGUCAAGAACUUCAUGACAGAGAUCAAGUUUGAUCGCGCAAUCAGCAUUAAGGAAAACGUACGAUAUGCUCUACGGCUUUGCUCACAGGGCGCCCGUACUUGCUCCGGUGAUGGAGGAUUCGCCGCCAUCCGUGGUCCGUGUGGAGUUACGUUCAAGUUUUAUCCCUGCGAUUUGAGUUUUAACGGAACGACUCCGGCCAGAGGCCAGAUUCCCUGCAUACUGUAUUAUAGCAUUCCAUCGAUCAACGACAGUUACGCCGGGAAGUAUAGCAAAGAAUCGCACGCCCGGGAUAUUGCGCUUCAAAUUUCGACGGACGUCACCUCCAGGUGCAAAGAUCUACUCAUACAUGCCAGAAAUGCUAUAGCAUUUUCAUCGACAUCCAGUGACAAAAGUUCAAAUUCGUCCCAUAAUACUCAUACGGUGGACUCGGAGCAUAAUAUUACUCCGAUUGAGGAGCAUCUGGAUAUUGCUUGGAUUAACAAUUCCGACAUCGCGAAUGUUAACAAUGUAACAAGUAGCAACUUUGACCAUAACAACUCUUCAACUGCAAAAGAUAUAACGAAACGUAUAGAAAACUUUUCGAAAGGCAUUAUAGAAACGUUGAAGUUCGAUAAGAAGUCAAGAAACUCGAUCGACUUCGACAUCGAAAUCGAGAUUGGGGCCGAAGAGAUUACGCCGAAUGAUUACAUCGACGAUCGAAACAACAAACUGGAUUCCAUAUCCAAUGGGAACACUUCCGGUUUAGGUAUGCACAGUAAGGCUGACAAUUUCUCAAUUCUCAACGAUGCCGGAAGUGACGCAGAAGAGUUCAACCACCAGCUGAAUCAAGAGCGUAUCAUUCAACUGUUUUCUGCUGAGGAUUCCUGUUUGUUCACCAUGUUGCUACCGUUAACGUUCGCCCACAUUGGACCACUUGUGUGCAGCAAUCUGAAAAGUUCGGUUGAAGUGUUGAAUCUGAUCCGUGCCAUUUUGCCCCAUGUAUCAGCGCUGAACCAGAUCAACAACUUCAAACUGUACGACCUUGGUAAACCGGACAUGGGUGAAGCGAUUCGCAAAAGUAUGAGCGUAGAUCAGAAUGAUCUUUGCACUACUAGCCACUACUACUGCAUCGUGGAAAGCGAUCAUCCCUAUAAAUCCAGCACCGUGGCUAACUAUCGUGUCGAAUUUCCACAAAACGUUCGUUGGAUGACGAUCGAGUUCGAUCCGCAGUGUGGCACGGCCCAACCGGAGGAUUAUGUUUACGUGAAAGUACCGCAGGAUCCGGAUCGUGGGGGAAGUGAUUCGGUGCCAUUUAUAAACGAUAAUUAUGCCUCGACGAUUAGCUCUCGCAAGAGUAAGGAGGUUAAGCUGGAAGGCAGCGUUAAAAUGGGAGGUACGACGAAGGCGAGUCAUGCGGAAAUCGAGUGGAUCAAUGUUAAGAAGUUCAAUACUUCCCAGAAUUGGUCCAACAACGCUAUCGUGCUACCAGGAAAUAAGCUGGAAAUAUCGCUGGAGACUGCAUCCGCUUACGUGCGAGAGCAAAAAGGCAACAAAUAUGGCUUCAAAUGUUUGGUCAUCGGUUAUGACAACAAAAACCAAAUGAAGUACCCUAGCACAUCGCUGAUACACCUGGAGUAUGAGUUGUCCUAUCUCGGUGGGCUGUGCAGUGCUAAUCUACUGAAGAAAGACCUGGUAUUUUCCGAUGAUCUAACAGAAAAUAUGGCAAACAUUGAAGAUACUCUCAAGAAGCACACAUCACUGCUGUCGAAGGGAUUGAUGGUAGCCGAUUCCGUCCUGACCAUCAAUAACGCCUUGGAAUCCAACUUGCCGAUCACGGAGCAAAGUUACGAAAAGCAAUUCUUGAAGGAUUUCAUUUAUGUGGCCGCCGGAUCACCCGGAGCUCGGUUAGCUGCAUGGCUUCAACCGGAGUCGCGGCUGGACCCCAACAAAUGUGAAAUAAAAAUGUCACAAGAGCCGCUGCGCUGUGGAUGGCCUUCCCACUUCAUUAUCGAAACACGUGACCAGUAUGGUGAUGAAAUUUUCGUACCGGGCAUCAAGAUUGAGGUGAAAGCCACUCUGGGCAGUAAUCUCAUUUCCGAAAGCAAUCGUAAACUGCACAUGAAGUCACGAAAUGAUUCGCUUUACUUAGGAGGCGCAACCUUGCCGCCGAAGAUCAGCUAUGAGUGCACCUUCAAGGAGAAAGAGAAAAGCUGCCUAAAAGCAAUAACCGCAAUGAAACCCUAUCAGCCGUAUUCGUUUGAAGAGUUGCGUUACUGCAACACGAUCCAGAGCAAAACCACCGAGAUGCUAACCGCAAACGAUUUGGGAAACAACACCUACGGUGUGUUCUGGACGCCGAGCGUUCCCGGCAACUACAGCCUCACGAUAACCAUAGAUGGCGUUUGCGUGGAGGAGAUUUACCGGGUGGACGUGAUCGACGCCGGGCUGCCACCGUUAUCGCAGGAAACCACACUGAAGAAGGUUCAACCACCGACUAAGCUGCGCAAGUUUAUUGCAAAGAAUUCUGCCGGCUUGCGGGUGCGGCUGCACCCUACUCUGCAGUCCGAUCAGAUCGGAAUCGUCAAGCUGAACGGUAUUGUUUCGUACAUCGAUGAGAUGGAAAACGACGACGGACUGUGGGUGCGUUUAUCAACGGAAUCGAUUCGCGAGCACUGCACGUCCAGUUGGUUCCCCACGGAAGCCUGGUGCUUGCAGUACAACCAACACCUGGGAAAGACCUUGCUGCAUCCGAUUCUGGAGUCGAGCUCAACCAAAGCUUUGAUGGAACAGGUAGAUCAAAGCAGUCCCACAACUUCUGAUGCUAACGAAGAAAAUGAGAACACUAUUGAUUAUUUUGAUUUUAUGAAGACGGAUCGUCCCGGCGAUGAGGGACCUGGUUCUGCAGCUGGACCCGAUGAGGAACCAGCCACAGUCAAAAUGCUGCAGACGGCCGACGCAUCGGAAGACAGCUCCAGCAGUGCACCCAACAUCAACAUUGCCAACUUGAACCAGUCUAACAUUGGGGCUGCUAUAGCGGGAGUCGUCGGCGGUGGCGCGAAGAAGAUGCAAGCUCUUCAAAAGUGGCUCAAAGGAGACAGUUUCGAGGAGAACGAAUCCCCGAGGAAACGCAGGAACGAAGGCGGCGACAUGAGAGCUAACGGUAAUAGGUCAUUCGAUCGAAGCAGAAGCGUCAGUCCGGAGAUAUUCUCAUUAAGGCGGUGUGAUUCUGCUAGCAGUACGAAAUCAGAUGUUUCAAAAAACCUAACGCCCAAGGUGGUACUUAAAACGGAUGAUAUUACAGAUGAUCAAAAAUCGACGGAAAAUCUAUCAACAGCACCCGAAGCCGCCUUUUCCUCUGCCAUCCCUUUCAACAAUAAGUCUUUGAAGAUUGAAUCCAAAGAACUGCCCAAAAGAGCUCUCUCCCCUUCGAUUGCGGAAACGCUUCGUGCAGUGUUUUCCGCUUUCCUUUGGCACGAAGGGCUGGUUCACGAUGCCAUGGCAUGUGCCUCGUUCCUCAAGUUUCAUCCCAGCAUUUCGAAGAAAGAAAGCGAAAACAUGCCGGUUGGGAAUCCUCACGAGAACCUACUGACCAGGGAACAAAAAGUUCUUCAAAGGCAUUCGGUGGAGAUAUCCAAUGCCGGUUCCUACCUGAACAUCCGACCGUCUACGCUGGAAACACUCGCGAAGAUUGGAAACUGCUGUGUGCACAAUCGGAAGCUACGCAAUCGAAAUGCGGACAUCUUUUCCUCGAAGGACGGCGAAUAUCCUCAACCUAGUGCGUUGCCACCGGCACUACGCUGUCUGGUAUAUGUAUGGGAUCAACUUUGUUGCAAUUUUAUUCAUUUGGUAGAAACCAACUCAAACGAUAAGGAAAACGAUUUUAGCUCCCUGAAGUCGAACAAGUCGGGCGAGGAGAAAUCCUCCAAUGUGCCGAAAGGACCCGGGCAGAAAAAAGUGGAGGAUGGCUGCUGGUGUGAGCUGUGCGACGUUUUCUUGCCCAUUCCCGUGACGUACCAUAUGCGAAUCGUGCAUCCCGGCUGUGGGAAGUACGCCAAGGGUAAAGGGUACAACUCCAUCGGGGUGUACUGCGAGGGAUGGGCCGGAAACUGUGGCGACGGAGGCCAAGGUGUGUCCAGUUGGUAUCUGAUGUGUGAGAAGUGCAGGCAAAAAUAUGUCAAUUCAGCCAAAGUUUCCAAUAAUGUGAAUUAUAACGGUGCAAAUCCUGGGGGUAACAAAACCGAGGGUGGUUCUAAUAUUUUGAUAGGAUUUGGAGCAGAGUCAACCAUACCAUCUGAACUGUUCACAAUUAUGAAGGAAAAUUCUUUUUUCCUGUUGGAGUUAAAUUCUUACAAUGGAGGUCUUAUAAAUAAAUCUUCGAAUAAUGCUCCAGAUGGUGCUGUCUUGCAGGAGCAAACGGGUAAUCGAUAUAAGGCAAUGGAUCUGAAUGAUUCGUAUGAUUCUAGUUACUAUUUUGAAGAUAAGAAUAUCAAUUGGACAGGAGGAGUGAAAAGGGGCUCAUUUAAAAAUCUCUACGAAUCAACAUCUGAAUUAUUGUGGCCACCACCCGAAAUGCUAUCUUGCUUGGAAACACUCGGUGCAAAGAACAACAGUGAUUUAUCCUAUGACCUGCUAGGAGUUAACAUGACUGAUAUGCAUGCAUUUGAUUUCAAGGUCAUCGAGGACGUUUCCAUGGAGGUAACUGAAUCCUAUAUUAAAAACCUGCAAACCUCGCCUGCCAUCCCUUCAACUAGCAAAUUCCACCGAAGCUUUUCCAUGGGUCAAGGAUGGAAUACUCCGCAGAACAAAUUGAUCAGUGAGUACAACCAGCACGGUAAGCUUGAAAAUGGAACAAAAAACGAAGCAACACCAAGUGUGGUGUUGCGACGUAAAAAGCAAUGCACAUGUACAAGCGGAGACUCGAACCUGUUGAAUUAUCCUUCACUAAAUCUACAAAAGCUGGUACCCGAGCACCUUCUGAGCAACAGUUUUUCCAAAGAAUCAACACCAAACAGUAGAAGCAAAAAUAAAGUUAACAGUAAGAUCAAUGAUAAAAAUAACAUCCAAACCAACCCAAGGGCAGCGUUGAUGGCCAAUGGAAAGCGACCUGAGGAUAUAAACUUUUCUGAGUUCCUGGAGUUGUAUCAUAAUACCUCUAAAGAAACUAAUGAAAAAGCUAAGAACACAGACGACAAAUCGGAUGGGAGUGGUUCGAACGGUUCCAAUUCGGCGUACAAGUUGGAUAUGCAAGCCGGAGCGCUCUCUUUGCUCAACAGACCAUCCAUGACGUUUAUGUUGGAGAAGCAUGACCUGAAGAAAUUGCGGUACUCUAUGACUAGAAACCUCAGGAAAACUGUUUGCAAUAUCUACAGCCUACAAGCUUUAAAUUGGCUAUUACGAUCAGUCACGCAACCCAUUGGACUCCACGAUAUAAUGUGGUGGUUCAUAUCCUCCUUGUCGUAUUCCACGCACGAUAGUGAAGACGAACCAAAGUUCGACGAAGGAGUACUCGGCCUUGAGCAUCCUGGGUCAAACCAAUUCAACGGUCCGCUCUCUCAGACUUUAUCCCAAAGCCUUCAUUGUUUACUGCAAACCAUAGCCGAUCUCACACUGCUGCUGCCGUCGGGAUCAUCACUCCAGAAAACUGCCGUCCAAUGCUUCGGUCUGAAAUUCAAACAGUCCGAUCAUCAGUUCCUACAUAGAUCUCACGUGUUUGGUAAUAUUUCCAAAAUCCUGUCGAAAUCCGAAGAGCAAAACGACGAUAAUCUGGCGCCGUCUGUCGCAAUGCUUAACUCGUAUUCCAAUGCAGCCGAUGGCUGUCAGGAUGAGUCAAUCAGGAUAAGCCUUCUCAAUGAUAUAACGGAAAUUUUCGAUCUCAUUGUAUCCUCUAGGCCAGCUUUGGCAAACUCACUCAUCGACAAUUCGACGGAGACGUUCUGGGAAAGCGAUGAGGAAGAUCGCAAUAAACCUAAAAUUAUCGAGCUUACCAUGAACAGGACGAACUAUCAGUGCAAAGCUAUUUGCAUACACAUCGAUAACAGUCGCGAUAUUGGGAGCAAAGUGUCAAGCAUCCUAUUAUACGGCGGUAGCUCGUUUGGUGAAACAUCUCUGCUCAAGACAAUCGACGUUGAUCCUCUGGCUUGCUGCUGGAUUACGGCCCCGGUGCCCGAUGAAGAGUGCACUCACUAUCGGUUGGAAUUUCGUGGACCGGAAGCGACUCUUCGCGUGCGUCAACUGAAGCUGCUGGGGUACUCGGUUGAGGAUAAGGCUGCACAGCAAAAGCUAAAUCUCAAAUCUACCAGUGCAAACUACAUUCAGCAGAAAAACUGCGAGGCGGAAACCUUGAGGGUGUUCCGUUUGCUCACUGGACAGGUCUUCGGCAAAUUGAUUCUCGAAAGUGGGAAAUGUUUCGGUUACAACACGCCUACCUCAUCGAAAAUCAACGAAUCGACGGUCAUCUCUUCGUCGACUGAAUCGCUGGACUUGCGGGAGCACAUGGUCGGUAUUCUGUUCAGUCGCAGCAAGUUGAGUCACUUGCAAAAACAGAUCAUCGUUCACAUUGUGCACGCCAUUCAGAAGGAAGCCCUUCGCUCUAGGGAAGAGUGGGAACACAAUGUCAUGUUCAGCGCCGACAACGAGACCGACUUUGAGGAGAAUCUCAAAAUGAACGAUACGUACUGUUUCGAAAUGUUGAGCAUGGUGCUCGCUCUAUCGGGGAGUGCAGUUGGACGUUCGUAUUUGUCUCAUCAGCACGGCCUGUUGAAGGAUUUGUUCUCCCUGCUGCAUACCGGAAGCGAUCGAGUACAACGGCAAGUGACUGCAUUGAUUCGUCGUAUUUUACCGGAAAUUUCGCCGGAAACGUUAUGUGAGCUGCUUGGAGUUGAAAAGGUCCCGGAAACGGAUUUCAAUCUGCUCAGCCAGAACAAUGAAACAUUCAACAUGAACAAAUGCGGAAUUCUGGACAUUUUCUUAGCCGUCAUCGCCAAGGCUCUCCAGGUGCAGAUAAAAGUGAAGAACAAUUCCAACAAAAAUCCACCUUCCAUGAAGCUGUGGCGGUAUAUGAACAUCUGCAAGAUCGACGACUACGAGAAGUCUACGUUGAACAAGAUUUCGUUGACCAACUCGCAGAUAAGCAAUACGGACCCGGAUCGUCCGAUGGCGACGACGGUCACUACCAAAGCAGGCAGUCCCGUAGCGGAGCAGUACGACUUUGAGGUUUCCUCUUCGGAUUUCCUGGACGAUAAAACGAACGAUGAGAACUCGGUUGAUUUCGAUGUAGCUAUGAAAUCCAAACCAGGCAUACGGAUCGAAGGCGCUGUUAAACCUCGUUGGUUUUUGAAUGGAACAAUUUCCUCCAAACAGGCAGAGAAUAUCAUGAUCCUGAUACGGGACAUGGCACACGGAAAACUUUCGGACAAGUGGUCCAUGAUAACGAAAGCUGCUAUCGCGGAAUGUAUCCUGAACAUCACUCGGUUGUCGGAUGUGUACCGCGUUCCGGAGACUUGCAUGACCACCCCGACGCUGUGGCUUGCUUUGGCCAGUUUGUGUGUUCUGGAUCGUGAUCAUGUGGAAAAGUUAUCGUCAAGUCAAUGGUCGAAACAGUCGGAAUCGCGACCGCUUUGUUCUAACCAUGAUGAUGAUGUUACAUAUGCUAUGAUUAUAUGCAGUUUGUGCGGUUCGUUGUGCUCGGAUUGUGACCGUUUCCUGCAUUUGAACAGGAAAACCCGGAAUCAUUAUCGCACGGUCUGCAAGGAGGAAGAGGAAGCCAUUCGCGUGGAACUGCAUGAAAGUUGUGGACGAGCCAAACUAUUCUGGCUGCUUGCCUUGGUCGACUCGAAAACGUUGAAAGGAAUGCUGGAGUUCCGCAAUGGUAACAACACACUGGUUUGUGAUCCUCCCAAUGCGAUCGGCGUGUGCCGGUUCUGCGGCGUAACCGGAAACACCGGGUUGCUGGCCGUGGGAAAUGUAUGCGUGGACCAGCAGUGUCAGGAAUACGCCGCGAGCGCGUGCACGAAGGUGCAUCACUGUGGCCAUCUGUGCGGCGGAAUAAUCAACGAGGAGAAAUGUUUGCCUUGUCUGCAGCAAAAGUGUCUAACAUCGGAGAGCAAAGCCAAUGGAAAGGAACCCAAAUUGACGCAAGACGCGGAUGAUAUGUGCAUGAUCUGUUUCACCGAAGCCCUUUCGUCGGCACCGUCAAUACAGCUGGAUUGUGGUCACGUGUUCCACUUCCACUGCUGCAAGGCUGUUCUUACCAGACGGUGGAAUGGUCCGCGGAUAAGUUUUGGCUUCUCGCAGUGUCCCAUCUGUAAAAUGGACAUUCAGCACUCGGCUCUGGGCGAUAUUUUGGAAUCGAUCGUAUCGUUGAAAGCGGACGUCAAACGGAAGGCCCUUAUGAGACUGGAAUAUGAAGGGGUAGCAAAGAACUUGGACAGCAAAGAUUUGGCGGCUUAUGCGAUGGAGCGUUAUGCGUACUACGUGUGCAGUCAGUGUGAAAAGGCAUACUACGGAGGCGAAGCACGUUGCGAUGCAGAACUUGGAGAAAACUACAACCCUCAAGAGCUUGUCUGCGGUGGCUGUAGUGAUGUGGUCAAAGCCAAGAUGUGCCCUAAGCAUGGAACCGAUUUUCUGGAGUACAAGUGUCGCUACUGCUGUUCGGUGGCCGUAUUUUUCUGCUUUGGAACGACGCACUUUUGCGACACGUGCCACGAUGACUUCCAGCGGUUGACCAACAUUCCGAAGAAUAAGCUACCCAAAUGCCCGGCCGGCCCCAAGGCAAAGCAACUGAUCGGAGAAGAGUGCCCGCUGCACGUGAUCCAUCCGCCCACGGGAGAGGAGUUUGCCCUUGGCUGUGGCAUCUGCCGGAAUGCUCAUACGUUCUGAGAGCUUUAAUGAGAAUUAUAAAAAACGCUAGUACCGUAAAGUAAAGGCAAAUAGUUUGGUAAGCGGUACCUAUUUGAUCAUUAUGAAACCGAUUCCUACUAAGACGCUCGCCUUUUGUUCGUUACAUUGUUUCUAUAAUUUAGUGAGGGAGGGACCCGCUUCGCCUUCCGAGCUACGAGAGGCGGUGUCAGUUGAUUGAUUUGCAACCUCUGCGUGUACGAAGGGAUGUUUGUAGAGCUUUGACCGUGGCCGAUACUCUUCAAGGGCGAAUAGAUUGUGAUUCUAUAUUACGACAAGUGAACAUCAAUAUUCAACCACGGCUGCUGCGGAACAGCUCGAUGCUGAGGCUUCCACUUCGUCGUAACAACUACGGGAUAAGAAGUGCUCUACUAGGUUUGCAACGUAUUUUCAACCGUGUGGCAUCAGUCUUUGACUUCCAUCUGACAAGGAUCGUACUAAAGCGAAGGUUUACUGACUUUUUCAAUAACUUGACAUAAUUUUGAGUAGGAAAUAUUGUACACAUGUGAUUCGUAAUGUAAUUUCUGUUUGUGAUUUGUGACAUUUUUAAAUAGUUUUAAGUUUUUAAUAUCAUUGGGACUACAGAAAGUCUGUUGAUGUAAACACAAAUAAAUAAAUGACAUUUUGCGAGGCAAAAAUUAAAUGAUAUCCAUUGAAUAUCGGUAGAUAUUUUCAGUAAAAUGUAAUAUUUGACAAGAUGUCCCGUCUAGGGUAUUUCUUAGUUUUUCAAAGACAGGCAUGUCUACCCGAACGUCAUCAAAAAUAAUACGAAAAAAAGGUAUUAAAUAAAAGUGUUGCCCUUUGCUUUACGGUACUAACAACUAGAUAAAGCUAGCGAUCUCAACAAAUUGAUGACUGUUUUUGUUAUUACCUUUCAUACAGUUAGGAAUUAUUUAAACCUCUUGUUGUAACUUUGUAGAGCAGAAAGAUAGUCAAGCACUGAAAUACGCUGAUUGAGGCUAGAAAACCAGUGCUGAAAAAUUCAUUUCGCCAUAUCUAAAUUCAACCACCAACAGCUCAUUUUAAAAGCUGAACCUGAGAAUAUGGUAUAUGAAAAACUUGUGCGGCUAGACCAAUUCUGCUAGAAAGUCACGGAAAAACUGCUAUUUUUCGAAUAUUUAAGGUAAAUGUCACGGACUACCUUCGAAAAAUGCCAAAUGAUAUUCACCGUGAAUAUCAUUGGGGUUUUUCGAAGGUAGUCCGUGACAUUUACCUUAAAUAUUCAAAAAAUAGCAGUUUUUCCGUGACUUUCUAGCAGAAUUGGUCUAGCCGCACAAGUUUUUCAUAUACCAUAUUCUCAGGUUAAGCUUCUAAAAUGUGCUGUAGGUGAUUGAAUUUAGAUAUGACAAAAUGAAUUUUUCAACACUGUAGAAAACUAAUCCCAAGGUUUUCUUUUUUAUCAAACCAUAGAACGGCAGGUAUCCAGAUCUUAUGGUCUGUAUUCAUAUUUACUCUAAACGUAUAUUCUAUUAUGUACACUUCAGCAAUCAGAAAUGAGAAACCGAUCUAGCUACAAUAAUAAAAACAGAACUAUGUGUAACAAUCUACCACUUCAUUUCAGUAGUCUCUAACGCGUGAAUAAACUCUUGAAAAUUUGCAAA